GGCGGCAUCCUGGAAACUCUUCGGCGCAUUAUCUUUGCACUAUGGGGUUCAGUAACCGAUUCUUUGUUCGUUACUGCACAUUUCAAAUAUGAUGACGACAGCUAUGAUUGGAUGAUGCACUGGCUCUCAAAACAGCCAUCAUGGAAGAAAGCCCGUAAUGUGCAAAUCAGCACUUCGACCUUUGGACUAUCGCCUGUCGUAUUACUUCCCAGCAACGAUGAAGACCCUCUGAAUGACGAAUCCCGGAAGAUUUCUUAUUUACCCAAUGUGGAUGAAACGUAUGCAAUCUGGUACAAGUACCGUUGGGUGCAAGUCACUCGUAUUCAAGAGCAAACCGGCUAUUACGGUCGAAUGGAAGAAACUCUGCGACUAAGAAUUCUAAGUCGGAGUAAUGAGUUCUUAAAUGAUAUUCUUCGGGAUGCGAAACGACAGUACAUGGCAGCUCAGGAAAACAACAUCUCAAUUUACGUUUCUGAUACUUCCAACAGCUGGAGACAUGUUGCUUCUCGUCCAAAGCGAUCUCUUCAAUCCAUCAUCCUAGAUCCUGGUUUGAAAGACUUACUUAUCGGGGACGCUAGAGACUUUUUGGAAAGCAAGGAAUGGUAUGCUGAUCGAGGCAUUCCUUUCCGUCGUGGUUAUCUUCUCUACGGUGCUCCAGGUUCAGGGAAAACAUCUCUGAUUCACAGUCUGGCAGGCGAGCUUGGGCUAGAUGUUUAUAUCAUCUCCCUUUCUCGCACUGGCUUGGACGAUUCUGGUCUUUCGACAUUGAUCACGGAGCUGCCUGAAAAAUGUAUCGCUUUGAUGGAAGAUAUAGAUGCUGCCUUCCAUCAUGGCCUCAGUCGAGAAAAUGAUGUCUCUGAUGAAGGCUCAACCGAGGGAGUUUCAAAAGACAAAGUCGUAGCUGCCAAAGCCAAACAGAACAUUGACGGGCCUACUCCCAACCGGAUCUCGCUCAGCGGUCUAUUGAAUGCGCUUGACGGUAUUGGCGCGCAAGAGGGCCGUAUCCUGUUUGCCACGACCAACAAAUACACCUCCCUUGACCCAGCACUCUGCAGGCCCGGGCGCAUGGACUUGCACAUCGAGUUCAAGUUGGCGAGCAAGUACCAGGCAGAAGAGCUUUUCAAGCGUUUCUACCUUCCACCCUCUGAGCGCAACGGUUCUGGUAAAGCGGAGGUCAAGGUAGAAGAUGAUGAGAAGAGUAGCUUGGACUCGGGUUUUUCGGACUUAUCCAGCGGUUCAUCGAGUGAUCUUAUAGAUCUCGGUGGUUCUGGAACCACAUCCCCAGACUUCUCCGAAAAGGAAUCGCAGGUACACGCGACGCCAGCCCUCCACCGGAAACGUGCCCCAAAACUCACUCAUUGCCAAGCAUCGAAACUCGCUGCUCAAUUCUCUGAUGCGAUUCCCGAUCGUGCGUUCUCUAUGGCCGCGCUACAGGGUUACCUUAUGACUUACAAGACCAGGCCAUACGAAGCAGUCAAUGAAUUCGCUUCUUGGAUGGCCAAGGAGCGUGUGGGGACAAAUUAAGUGAUUCCACACUGUCUGUGAAGGGCAGGUGUGUUGGAACUGUAAAGGGACUCGCAUCGCCUUGAAAUCCUGGUUUGGAUAGGCUUUCGCGUCCUGCGGGCCGUGUUCUACUCGUUAGGAAAUGGAUACUCGCUUCCCAAAGUGUUGUUUCAGCAUCUUACGUUUCGGGGCGCAUCCCUUGGGAGAUGCGCAUACCGAUGCUGAUGCUUUACACUGGGUAUUGAUGUGCGCUGUCCAUCUAUGUCUAGUUUCUGUCGUGGUGCAUAUGUGUACUUACCUAAAUAGCUAUCUUUAUAGCAUUCUUGCUACUAUCCAAAGAAACUUGUAUCGAUGAGACAUCAAUAUAUUACCUGUGCGGACA